AUGAUCAAGAGGUACCUUGUGGAUGAAGGUACAGAACACAAAGUGGGGGAUGUUUACAAUGACUUCGUCUUGUCUGCUCGGAUGAGCACACACAUCAACUUCCUCAAACUACUAGGAUGCUGCUUGGAGUCUCGUUACCCUGUUCUUGUCUUUGAAGACGCAGAACAUGGGGUUUUGAAUCAGCGAGGAGGUGUUAUGGUUAUUAACUGGGAGGAAACUUUUCUGCCGUGGAGUGUUCGGUUAAAGAUCGGUAAGGAGAUCGCAAACGCGUUGACUUAUCUUCACACGGCUUUCCCUAAGAUCACAAUCCAUAGAGAUGUUAAGCCAACGCAUGUUUUCUUGGACAAGAACUGGACUGCUAAGUUGUCUGGCUUCUCACUCUCCAUUACUCUCCCUGAGGGCAAAACAAAAAGCGCAACUGUUCCCGUGGUGGGAACAUCUGGUUACAUCGAUCCAUUGUACCGUGUCACAAGUUCGGUAACGGAAUAUACUGAUGUGUACAGCUUUGGAGUCUUUUUGAUGGUGCUUCUCAGUGGCAGACCAGUGUUUUUCACCGAUUCUUCUAAUGGCAAGCGUGAAGGAGUUGUUGGCUACGUGAAAGACUUGUAUGAGAAAGACAAGCUUGAUGAAGUGAUGAAUACAAAGAUGGUGAAAGAUAUGACAAGUGGUCAACGGUUUCAAGUGGAAGCAUGUGUUGCACUUGCUCUGAGAUGCUGUGAGAAGAUAGAUGAAUAUAGGCCAAAGAUGAUCCAAGUAGCUAAAGAACUCAAGCGGAUUCAGAUAUCAUUUUAA